CGCUCCCGCUUCCAGAGAACCAUUUACUGGCAAGAGUGCGAAAGGUUCUGUUCUUCUUCCUGCUUGAUUGUCAUUGUUUUCGAAGCGUCAACGGAAUCAGCUCGUCAUAUAGCCCUGAUCUUCUGGAAGAACUUUUACGUGAUGCAGCUGAAGCAUGGUAUGCUGUCGACGUCCGUAGAGAUGGUGGUGCCUGGACUCCUAUCGUACCUCUACUUCUACCUAGAGGCCGAGGACCCGACUGACGCUGCAGAAGCAGAGUCUGGAAGGAACACCAGUCGGAGACUUCACCUACCGCACGCUGUCGUCCGCUAUCUCUCGGCGCAUCCUACGCGAUUCCUCGCAGCAGAGCCGAGCGAAAAGAUAGGACGGAUUAUGCCUGGAUCGAAUAUAACACGUGUGGUGGUGGUGAGUGAACGAGAAGCUCCCAACGUAUUCAUGAUCGCCAUGCUCCCCUUAGUCGUGGUACUCCUCCUUCCAUUUCCAUUGUUUGUCUACAGAGUCGGCGACGAGUUGUACACUGGUCUUAAGAACUUCCUCAUCGUGAACGGCAUGUCAAACACUGCCUAUUGGACGGGCACGUUCGUAGUAGAGUUCAUCAAGGUGUUUCUGGUGAUGGUCCCCAUCCUAUACUUAUGGAACAACAACCCGCACGGCGGACCGGCCAUCUUUAAGAAAACGAGCUUGGAAGUCCAGAUAUCGCUCGUGUCCCUCUUUUGCUCCGCUUCCGUGGGAAAUGCGCUGCUCGUCGCUGCUGUCACGCCUAGACCGAUCGUCAGCGCAGCUUCGAUUGUGGUACUGAGCCUGUCUACGCUAGUGCUGCCCUUGGUGGCGGUCGCUGGCACCAACAUGCAAUAUACCCACCUCAUGCGCUACCUUCAACUCUUGAGCUGUCUGUUUCCACACGUUGCCUUCUGUUACGCCCUUGCCUCCAUGUUUGUAAACGACCGGUACGCGGACCAUGACAUCGACUGGAGGAACAUUCACGAGGUCGGCCUCCAGGACGUCACACUGCACAAGGCGAUGCACGCAAUGCUGGCAUCGUUCUUGGGCAGCGUGCUUCUGUGCGUCUACAUCGACAAGGUCUGGCCGUACGAAAACGACUUUCCGGAAUCAGCUUGGUUCUUUCUUGAGAGAUCGUACUGGGGUGCUGACAAGGUCGCCCAUAAUCCAUUGAAGGCUAAGACGCUGGAACAGAACGCUUUGCUGGUGGAACCCGUGUCUGAGGAGAUGAAGCCGUACAUCGUGCUUUAUAAGCUGAGCAAAACUGUGAACACUGGUCAGAAGCAGGAAAUCUUGCACUGCAUCAAUCUCAAGCUGUACGCCGACCACAUCACAGUUCUACUUGGACGCAACGGCACUGGGAAGACUCUAAUCCUGAAGAUCAUCACUGGCGCUACACGUCCAAACAGGGGGACUGUGUUCCUGAAUACUCUGAACAUCGUUAACGACGGGCAAGAGAUCCGCAAGUUACUGGGGGUGUGUCCACAGAAUGUUGCGCUCUACGGGUCGAUGACGAUCAAGGAGAACUUACAGUUUUUCGCCGGGGUGAAAGAAAUGCACUCGGUGCGGCCUGCAGAUGAAGUCAACCUUGCCCUUCUUGAGUACCAGCUCUACGGCAUGCGUAACACCCGCGUUCGCGAGCUCAAAUAUGGACAGAAACGAAGGGUGCAACUGGCCAUCGCUUUGCUUGGCAUGCCUGAGUACAUCAUACUGGACGAGCCCACCCGUGGAGUAUCUAGGGAAUCCCGACGAGCCGUGUGGGAAGCAAUCUUGAAGAUCCGCCAGACGAGGGGAAUCUUGCUGCUUACAAGCAGCAUCGACGAAGCUCAUGCUUUGGCAGACCGCAUAGCAAUCGUAACGUCUGGCGUGAUUGCGGCCUGCGGAUCGCCCAUAUUCCUCCAGAAACAGCAUGGUUCCGGUUACAGGAUGUCGGUUGUUUUUGCUGAAGGGUCGGAAAAAUCUCGUGCCACCAACUUCGUCGCCAACAUUCUGCCCACCAUUGCAGUACUCAUUGAGAGGCCCCGUUUGGUCGUCUAUAGCAUUGGCUACCCCAGACCCGCCAAGCUUAUAAAGAUGCUGAAACAACUUGAAACCAAUCAAGAGCUCGGCAUUAUAAAGAUCGGGGUUGCCUCAACUACUCUGGAAGACAUCCUUCUAAAGUUCGACGCGACGCCCGCAGAGUUCGACUUCUACGAUUACAAAGAAGAACCCACUCGAGUGGCGAACAACAAGCUUGCACGUCGUGUUCACGUCGCGAAAGACGUCCCACUACUAUUCUACCAGGUGGAUGCCCUGACGCGAAAGAAAUUGAUUUAUCUCGUGCGUUCCUUGAAGCCGAUCAUCAUCACGAAGUUGAUCCAGUUUGCCUUCAUGUUCUUCAUGGAAGGAUACUUCGAGAACAGUGAUCUUUGGAGCCGUCUCGAACGACUAAAUCUCGCCAACGUUAGCCGGAGCACGCGGUCGGGCACUUCUCGAAAUACCACCAUGUACUACGACUACGACUGGGUGACCAGAGAGAUGCACUCCGUCGUUUUUUCGGCACGGGCAUUGGCUACGUUUGUUGUGCCCCUGUCGCUGUCCAUCAUGACGUCGUACUACGUUUUUUUACCGAUCGAAGAACGCGGGACGGGAGCUAAGCAGAUCCAGCUUAUGACGGGCGUCACGCCGGAACGGUACUGGACGGUCAACUUCUGCACUGACGUGAUUCAACACCUCCUGGGCUCUUUUGCGGCCGCUAUGCCUCUUGCAAUCCCUACAAGCAGCACCCUUAACUGCCAUGAUUCCUCAUAUUUUGGUCCAAUGUUCUGCCUUUUCUUCAUGUAUGGCUGGGCGUUCAUCCCUGUUUGUUACCUUGCGUCCUUAGUCAUGGACGAGGGAUUGACGGCAUAUUUUGGACUUGUGCUUUCAUCUCUCCUUUUCGGUGCUGCCACCAACAGCUACAUGGCCCUGGUAGGACCCAGCACGGUCUCCCACUUUCGUCCACCCGACUUCGCAUCCGAGAUCACGGAGUUUCUCAUGGUGCCCUUACGACUUCUUCCUCAGUUUGCACUUGGCCAUGGAGUGGGGCAGGUUCAAAUGUUCUUUUUCGAACGAGCGGCGUGUUGUCAUCUGCCGACAGACCUGCUUCAGUACACCUGCGAGCACAGUGUUGACGACUACCCCGAUGAACAACGCCAGUACAUGACACUUGCGAAAGUCUGCUGCAAAGCGAACUGUGAGGAAUCUCGUUGCACGUUCGUCACCAGCGACAUGACGUUCAGCAACAAAUCGUCCUUCUGGGACAUCGCCCUUAUGUUCCUCAGCGGCGUUUUGUACUUGACGCUCGUUAUCAGUUGGGAGCGCAGGCCUGACUCCCGAAACUGCCUGCUCCAACCAUUGCGUCUUCCGGAGGUUGUUCGCCUCAGGAAACAGCUGCCUAUAAGGGCAAAUAUAUCCCACCCUACUGUACUUGCCGAAGCUUCUCACGUGAGGACACUAGUGGACCAGCUCACAGAUCCGGGAGUUCUGGACAAGCCUCGGGGUCUGGUGUUGGACGACAUUUCUUUCACCGAAGGAACCACCGAAUUUCCUCACAUGUCGCUCUACGUUGCUCCGAAGGAAAUUUUCGGCGUCGUGGGUCUCGCUCAGUCUGGCAGGUCUACCCUGUUUCGAGCCGUAGCGGGACUGAAAAGUCUACAGAGCGGGGAGCUGUACCUUAACACUAUCAACCUGAACGAACAGCGCACGGCGUACCAGAAGCACAUCGGCUACUGCCCACAGAAGGAUCCUCUGAUAAGGAAACUCACCGUACGAGAAAUGCUCAUGCUUCUCGCGCGGCUACGAGGCUUAAACCCGCAGGAAGUGGAAGAAGAGGUCUCCUUUAUAGUAGGAAAGGUUGGCCUCUUAAGAGUGGAGCACAGAAACAUCGGCCAGCUUCCGCACGGCCAGAGGCGGCAGCUAUCCGUCGGUUUGGCCCUAAUCGGCGACCGGGACUUCGUCAUCUUAGACGACCCUACAGAAGGCGUGGACCCGAUAUCGCGCAUGAAGCUGAUGCAGAGCAUGGAGAAGGUACACGCAACCCAUAACUUCUCUGUCCUGAUCACAUCACGCCGGAUGGCCGAGUGCGAGACUUUGUGUGACCGCGUUUCGUUCCUAUCCGACGGAGAGUUCGCGGCUUUGGGAACGCCGCUCGAAUUGAAGGGAUACAUCGGGCAAAGAUUCAUUGUCACCAUUCGUCUUACCGCAAAGCUGGCGACCAAAGGUGACUUCUUCAAGUGGGUCAACCGGCAGAUCAAGGCGGUGUUUCCUAGCUCUGUCAUCACCGAUGUGCGUAAGGACCAAUUGACGUACCGCGUCAAGGACGUCGUCAUUGCUUGGAGCGAAGUGUUCAAGAAAAUGGAGCAGCUCAGGGCAACCGUCAAGUUCGAGGACUACGCGGUGAAUGAGGACUCCCUGGCCGACGUGUUCUUGGGUUUCGCACACGAACGCAAGGUCGUCGACUUUGGAGGUGUGGACGCCAUCCACUACUAUUCGGCCAACGAUCCACCAAUACUUCUGAAGAAGGCAGCAGACACGGAAGUUCCGAAGCUCACACUCUCUGAAGCCGUAAUCUAAUAUGUGCGAUCUCGACGGCUCUCGUUUCGACGGCGUUGCGAGAUCCCAAUCCCAAUUCUUAUCCCAAUCCCAAAAUCCCAGGAGAUCCCAAGAUCCCAAUUCUGGAGAAUGUCUGUAGAAUUGUUUGUAGAUUCAUGAAAUACAAAUAUUUAGUUUGCUUGA